AUGGCGGAGUCUUUUUCUGUUAAUUCUGUUGACUCUGGGUCUCCUUCAUUCACCCUGAACAGCGGUCCGUAUAGGAACAUCCCAGUGUGUGUAAACCUUGCCAAGGGCCUGCCCGCAGAUGCUUGGGAACAACUCCACACAAACCCCCUCUUUGGAGAAUGGACCUCUAACCUUUGCCACGACGGUAGAUUGAAGGUAGACCGCAUCACCAUUCAGCAACUGAAACCGGAGAUUUGCAUCAACGUGGAGGCGACAACCAACCAGGGCACUUCUGUGAAUGGGCCAGUGGUCCUGCGGCCGAUGCAGUCAGCAAUCCUAAUAGUGCUGCGGAAUUCUGUAACAACUUUGGAGCUGUGUGUAUUCUGCAAACGGCCGGAGUUAGGGAGUGGUCUAUGCGAGAACCUGGCCCUAGUAGAAGGCACAUUUGACCAACAGGGGAAGCUAGAGGGCCCCUGUGCCGCCCUAUUGGAAAAGCACCUAAACCUCUCUCUGCACAGAGACGACUGCGUGGAUCUCUUGACGGUUGCUCAUGGAGAAGCGAUUGGCGAUUCUGGGGUCACUUGCUGCCCCUCCUCAGCAACGUCAGAGGCUCCUCCUGCCAUCAGAUCGAGGCUUCUGUUGUACCGAAGUAUUGUUUCGCCGGAGGUGCUGCAGAAAUUGGAGCAAGAUGUUGGAAGGACCAAGAGACACGGUUAUCCCCCAGCGACCAUUGGAUCGUCGCAGGGUGGGGAGGGCUCUUUAGGCCUUAGUGUGGUGUACAUGGGCGACGCCUGGCGCGCAACGUUGGAUCCUCGUGCAGUCUUUGCUCUCUUCCUCUUAGUCGAGAUUCGUUACCACCAGUUGAAGCUUCCGAAGCCUCCGAGAGAUACAGUGCACGAUGCGAAGGGAGGAGCCUUGGUCCGUAGGGGCGAUGGCGUUGGCAAUUCCACCCUCGGAGGGCCUACCAAGAAGGCGGCGGAGUUCAGGAAGAUAUCUUCGCUCACUCCCCUCUGCACAGGAGUCAACUUGCGCGUUAAAGUUGUCGAGCCAAUCAAGCCCGCACCCGACUUUAUUCUUCCCCGGGGCCAGGCCAUCAAAAGAGGAACCAUGGUCGUGGGGGACGAUGAAGCAAUGAUAACUCUCAACUUGGAAGGCGGUCAGCUUGAUCUACCCGACGUCGUGAAUACACCCCUGUUAAUCAGAAAUGCGAAGGUCAAGAUGGAGGAAGGACACAUGAGGCUUGCAGUGGACAGAUGGGGGAAAAUUUCGGACGCCCGAGAUGACGACUUCAAGGACUUCAAUUUUUCAGUUUGCACGACGAGAGAUAUGAGUGAACAGGAGUAUGAGUUGGUGCACGUGGCGGGAGGUGAUCAGGACACAACCGAGGGCAAUGUUGGCCGUGGUGGCGGAGGCCCACCCUUCUCCGGACAGUUGGCAGGUGCAGGGAAGGCAUAUGCGGCUGCAGGGGUGCCGAGUGUUGUAUCUUUGCAGAAGCUCUAG